AUGUCGGAAAUCCCACCUAUCCCAGAGAGGCCUAAAAUUCCUACAAGACCUAAGGGAAGGACCACAAGAGAGGAUGGUAUGAGUCCUGAAAGAACCGCGUCCCCCUACUUCGGUAUUAGUGAUGAUAUGAUACAGUGUGAUUCCAAAGCGGGGGACGACCAAUUCAACGUUGAAAUAGAGUCAGAAUCAAAUAAUAUUUCUGAUUCUACAGUACUCCAUUUUGAGGCUGGUUUCAAACAAACAGACUCUUUUGUAAACGACUACCUGAGUAGUAGUUCUUAUUAUGAACCCUUUAAUAACUACGCAGAUAGUCCGACGAAGCCACAACUUGGUGAUCUUUUAACCCGUGAAUAUAAAAAAGUUGAAAAGGCCACUCGUGCAAGUUCAAUAGGGUUUGAAAACCCAAUGGUCGAUAAAAGUCGUAGUGCUGGAACUCCUCAAUUUAUUCCUCCUAUCCCAGAAAGGCCUGCCAGACUAUCUCGGAAACCUACAGACACAAUCAGUAAAGUCAUUAGCAGUGAGCAGAGCGAAGGAUAUCCUCCCAAUAUGAAUGAGGACGGUAUGCAACCAUCUAGUCUUGACCCAAGAGAAAUAGCUUCAACAUUUUCUGAACGCUCAUCGAUGGCUGUGGAGGGUUCGGUUGCAGACGUUCCCUCUGAAGGUUCAUUAUUUUUAAGUAACGAAAAAAAACAAGGUUCUCCGUCAGUUUUCCACCCUCUUAGUACUGGCAGAAUAGAGUUCGAGUUAGGUACCAUUGUUAACUCACCAACGGAAGAAAUAAAUCAACUACUUAACCAAGCUUUAAGGAAGAAGAUGGCUGAACAGAAAUCAGCACGGGCUAGUUCUAUGGACUCUAAUGUAGAACAAAGAAGCGCUACGCCUGUGACUCCAACUAUGGGUCCCCCCGGAGGGGCAGAAGAUAAGAAUGCGGUAGAUGAUUCUAGAUCGCAAACUGGAGAUGAAGGAAUGCAAGCUGGCAUUCACUUGGAAAUUGAUACUGAAAUGAAUCCAAUAGCUAAUUCUUUAACAUUGCCUCCAGUACCCAGAGAAAAUUCGUUGGAGUCAUCUGUUUGGAGUCCCAAAUCUAAGCAAAUCCCUGAAAACGAAACCAAAACUAAAACGGGACGUGUUGAUGAUAAUAAAAAAGAAUUAUCUAGCGACUCUGUGGAUUCAUUAUCCAAAGCGAUUUCUCAAUCAUCCUUGUCUAAAAAAAGUUCAGAAGAUCAGAAUAUUGUGGAAACUGUACCUGAUUUAUCUCCUAGUGUUGACCUAGGUUCCCCUUCUAAAACUGAAAUAUUAACUUUCAAAGACACUAAUGAUGAUCUUAAUCCAGAGACUAAUCAAGGUUUCUUGAAUGAACCCUCUUCUAUGUUGCUUACAGGGGAUCGUACGGGAGAUGCCUCGAAAUGCUCCUCGAAACUCCGCGAUGAACUGGGCUCUUCUGUAAACUCUGAUAUCUCAAGUAGUCUCAAAAAUGUAUCCUCAACGCCAAGGUCUACUAACGCGUCUUCCACAUCUCCUCAAAAACCAAAAAAUCGUCCAUUAGUUCCAAAGAAGCCAUCUUCAAAAAUAGCAGCUUUCCAAGAGAUGCUACAAAGGCAACAAGCUGAACAUCUUGGUAGCAAGCAUUUUGAAGAGCAUAAUCACUCCAGCGUUAAUAAAGUCGGUACCUCAAGGGCUAACUUCGCGCAAAAUUUAAAUGGCUUAUUCUCUCUAUCCGGAAAGCCACCAUUGCAGUUGUCUCCUUCAGUAGUAAAGAAGCAGUCUUCACAUUCCCCAGAUUCAACAAAUGAAUAUAAGUCCAAGUCGCCAAGUGAUUCCUCAGAUUCACGUGAAACAAUGUCUGCAGAUGUUCGUCAAAGUAGAGCCAGGGGCCCUGCUGGUCGCAAAUUGCCGCGAGGUUUAGCAAACCUGGAAAAAGUUAAUCCAGAGCAGUCCACCAACCAAAUUGAAACGUUUCAUACUUGGCGAGUUGUAUUUAAACCUUUUCUUAAAGUGAAUGAUCCAGCAACUGUGGAUAGGUAA